CCUGUCCAUCAUUUGUUCUUUUUCAAUCCACCCUUAACUGUUAAAGCUCAUUUCAAAGUUUCCGCCAAACUGGAGUUUCAUACUAAGGCUGACGUGGCGAGCCGGUGCCGCGGUGCAUGCCGGAUCCAAGAACCGCAAGAUGGCGUACCAAACGUUUCAGCAGGAGUAUCUUCAGAUGCCCCUGAUCACACGGGCUUACACAACAGCUUCCGUCCUCACAACCAUCGCCGUGCAACUAGACAUCAUCACACCAUUCCAGCUGUACUUCAAUCCAGAUCUCAUACUCUACCAGUACCAGGUAUGGCGGCUCGUCACAAACUUCCUCUUCUUUGGCACGAUAGGAUUCAACUUCUUAUUUAAUAUGAUAUUCACAUACCGGUACUGCCGGAUGCUAGAGGAGGGAUCGUUUCGGGGAAGAACAGCAGACUUUUUCUUCAUGUUCCUGUUUGGAGGAACCCUAAUGAUGAUCUUUGCGUACUUUGUGAACCUGGUGUUCCUGGGCCAGGCCUUCACCAUCAUGCUGGUUUACGUGUGGAGCAGGAGGAACCCUUACGUCAGGAUGAACUUCUUCGGCCUGCUCAACUUCCAGGCACCCUACCUGCCCUGGGUGCUGUUCGGCUUCUCUCUACUACUGGGCAACUCGGUGGUGGUCGACUUGUUAGGAAUUGCUGUGGGACACAUUUACUACUUCCUUGAAGACGUCUUCCCUGAACAGCCGGGCGGUUUUAAGAUACUCAAGACACCGGGGAUUCUGAAAUGGAUUUUCGAUGCCCCCCCUGAGGACCCCAACUACGCCCCCCUCCCAGAGGAGGACAGGCCGGGGGGCUUCCGCUGGGGAGAGGGGGUCAGGGUUGGAGGGGGGGAUGAGGCAGCGAAUGAGGGGGAAGCACCUGAGGGCGAACAGCGCCAGUGACCAAAGGACAAGUGCAAUGUGCUUACUAAGUGCUACAUCAAGUUAGACUCUUUUGUUUUGUGACCAGCUAUUUGCCCAUUUAUGGAAACAACUGCACAUAAGCUGGUCAAAGUUGAAGACCCCUGAGAAAUAAACAAAACACAUCUGGGCAUUGUUAUAUAUGCAGACCUACCAAUGGAGGUCAUAUAUAUCUUGAAAUUCGAAAAGCAUAGUCAAGAUGAGAACUGUUUACCAUUUAGGCUUAGGUCACAUUUCCAAAGCGGGGCCUGGCCAGGCAGCUUUCGGGAGCGAAAAUUAUGAUUUAAAAUACACAAGAUGUCAAAAGAAGAUUGAUGUGGUUUGUGUAUAUUACUAGGCAUACAUUUUAAUUUUUCGUUUCUUCAAACAUCCCAUCUGGGCCCCGCUUUGGAAAUGUGACCUAAGCCUUAGGGGGCCUUUACCUUUGACUUGUGCAUGUGCAAAUGGAUCUGUGAAAGGGCUUGUGGUUAAUGUGAUUUAGCUUUUUGCAGAUUAAAAAAAAAACUUAAUAAAAAGCAACAGAAGAUAUAAUUCAAAACAAAACAAAAGUCAGAGACUACAAGAAUGCUUGGAACUACACUAUGUGAUACUGAGUAAACUAUAAUGAUAACAUUUCAUUCAGUUUACAAGAACCUCCUAUGUACAUGUAAGUUUACAAAAUUGUCUAUUGGACAGGUACCCGAUGUACUGCUUGAUGAAGAAAAUGUGUGGGUUGUUUCUAUGCAGAAUGACGUAAAAUGCUCCACAGAAGUUUCAGAGAUGCCCUGAAUGUAAGGCGAUAAAGAUGAUAAAAAAACCAUUACCUUCUUACAUUACAGAAAAGUUUUGGUUUUGCUCCAUGACAAACGUUAUUCACUGGGUGCCACAUGUCUUGAUGUUUGUAUUCUGUUUUAAUAUGAUAAAUCUUAACAUCAAUUGUAAAAUGAUAUUACAUGCCAUGCUUUUUUGUAGCUGCAAUCAAAAUAACCGCUUUUUCUGAGAAACCACAUUUUUCAAGAAUUCUAUCACAAAAGUGAGUUAGAGUAUAAGAUGGUUAGUCUGCUUUUAAACCAAUAAUAGAGUGUUACAUGUACAGAGAGUAUAUGCAGAUUUGUUGCUCAUGUAAUAUAUUCAUGCUAUGUUGACCAUCAGCAGCAGACAUUUCUCACCAUGUACUGUAUCUAUGUUAGUGUAUGCAUAUUAUGUAUAGUUCCUUUGAUUUAACCUAAGGCCAUGUUGAUUUGAUAAAUGUUUGGCCGUUUCCAAAAAAGAAAAAGUUUUCAUCCAUGUUAGUCCUACAAAGUAGCUGCAAAUUGAGCAAAUAUAUGCUAAGAUUUUAAAACAUAUAUAUAGAAAAACAUGUACAAGUCAAGCAUUACUUCCAAGGUCAAAGAAGAUGUGAAAGAACAAAAAUGAAGAUAUCGUUCAGUAUACCAUACUUUGCGUAUUUGGUCAUCUGUUGAACCUUCCUGAUCUGUUAGAUUUCUUAAUGAAUGCAACUUUUUUUGGCCCAACUUUUUUAUUCGCAUGCUCACAUUAGUUUUGUGGUCCACAAAGGAUGUCAUCCAUAUUAUCAAAUCAACAUGGCCAUAUCCCUGCUGCCCAACUCCAUAACCAAUUCAAAUUUGGUGCCAAUGGCUUCAGCAGGAAAUAGGUUAAAUGGGUAUGGGUAAAUUGCUAAGAUGUAGGGAUUGAAUAUUCCACGGUGUUGGACCAAGAAUUUCCUGUGGAAGAUAGCAUAUGUUUACAAGCUGUUGCUUAGUGGAAUGCUCAACGUAUGUUUGGGCUUCAGUAAAAAUGUCAGCUAUGAUCGUUUCAGUUUGUUUUCUGCACAGUUCAAAAUUACUCACUUGUGGAACAUGCCAUUUGGUAUUGGUGCAUUGACACGUGUCCAAUGCUUCAACUUUAUUGUCAUCUUUGUCUGUUUCUUUUAGCAUGUUGAUGUUACCUAAAUGUUAGAUUCAGUGCCAUAUUUGUGCUCACACACACAGUUGUCAGUAUUGUUCUUGCUUACAAUCUUCAGAUAUGCAAGGCUCUUUAAACUACUACUUACUGCUGCUGCCUUUAUAUGUUUUGUCCUAUACAAUACAAUGACUGGUAACAUAUUUUUGGUGUUCUACCCGUAACCAAUGGAAUAACACAUUGAUGUAGGAAAUCUCAUAAGCCAUGAGAAAUACAGGCAUUUUUGUGUGUUGUCACUGGCAUCUAUUUGUGGCCUCCUUUGCAGACCUUUUAUUAGCAUUGUUGUUUUAGAUAUCAGACGAGGGUCUCUAGGAUUGCUAGGAAAGAUCAGUUUUGUAUGCCCACAAGUCAGUGCUACUCUCAAAACAAAUGCCAGUACUCCUAGGAGUCUAAUAUAUGUGUUGGUCCACAGGAUCUUUAUAUAGGUGGCUUGUUGGGAUACAUAAAAUCUACUUAAAAUAAAGAUGGGAAAGUCUA